AAAUUUCAGUUACGCCCCCUUUUGUGUUUACAUUGUUUAUUACAAUCGGUUGCCCCGGGUUUCGGCGUUGUUUUGAAAGAUACUUGGGCCGAAUUUGUGGCCGAUGGUGUAGAAAGAGUUGCGAUAUGUUCAAGAACACGUUCCAGAGCGGCUUCCUCUCCAUCCUCUACAGCAUCGGCAGCAAACCGCUGCAGAUUUGGGACAAAAAAGUGCGCAAUGGCCACAUCAAGCGCAUCACGGACAACGACAUCCAGUCGUUGGUGCUGGAAAUCGUCGGCACCAACGUCAGCACGUGCUACAUCACCUGCCCCGCCGACCCCAGACAGACUCUGGGUAUCAAACUGCCCUUCCUGGUCAUGAUCAUCAAGAACAUGAAGAAAUAUUUCACCUUUGAAGUUCAGGUGCUGGACGACAAGAACGUGCGUCGGCGUUUCCGGGCGAGCAACUACCAGUCGACGACGCGCGUCAAGCCGUUCAUCUGCACGAUGCCGAUGCGGCUGGACGACGGCUGGAACCAGAUCCAGUUCAACCUGGCCGACUUCACGCGCCGCGCCUACGGCACCAACUACGUGGAGACGCUGCGCGUGCAGAUCCACGCCAACUGCCGCAUCCGCAGGGUCUACUUCUCCGACAGGCUCUACUCCGAGGACGAGUUGCCCGCAGAGUUCAAACUCUUUCUGCCCAUCCAGAACAAGGCCAAGCAGUGAGACGCACGCCAAGACUGAACCAAUUAAGUGCGAAACGUUUUUUUUAAUUUGUGAUUCAUAGAAAAAAUAAAUCCAAUCGGUAUCAAA